AUGGACUAAAAUAUUAUCAGAUUUGAAAUAGCAAAGAAUUUGUUAAAAGCUACUGGUGAUUACAAAUAAUAUUUUACACAGAAAACUGUGAAAAUUAACUUGAAGAGUAAAAAGUUGAAUGUAGAAAAAGUAGAGCAACUGUGUUUAGUCUUGUAAGGGUUUGUAUAAGCAGAAAAGCUAAAGUUAAACUUAAGAGAAAAUAUAUUGAAAGAUGAAGGAGUUAAAUUAAUUGCUGAAGCAAUUUCUAAAUUGAGCACUAUUAAAUUUUUAGUAUUAAACCUUUAUGGAGUAGAAUUAAACGCUGAAGGAGCAAAAUAUUUGGCAGAAUAUCUCCCUAAUUUAAAAAAUAUUGAAACACUAAAAAUUAACCUUUGGUGGAAUAAUGUAUAAAAUGAGGGUAUUUUGAGCAUAUGUAAAUCAAUUGGAAAAUUAUCAAAGCUAAAAACCUUAGAGUUAGAUUUGGUACAUAACAAUAUUAGUGAUGAUGGAUGCAAAAUGGUGGAGUAUUUAGAAUCGAAUACCUAGCUUUCUAAUCUCUCUAUCUUUUUAUAGAAUAACUUAAUUGGACCAAAUGGUAUAUGCAAUUUGCAAGAGGGUUUCAACAAAGCUCCCUAAGUUGAAACACUAGUUAUGUUUUUAGGUGUAAAUAAGAUUGGAGUAGAAGGUGCAUAUUUUCUUGGGUAGUGCUUUAAAAAACAAAAUCUAAUAAAAAACCUCACACUUGGCCUAUUGAAAAAUGAAUUUGGUGAUGAAGGAUUAGAAGAAAUUGCAGAAGGCAUUUCUAAUAUCUAAUGCUUAAACCAAUUAAGUAUGAUUCUAUGGGAAAAUGAUUUAACUGAAGUUGGAACAUCUGCUCUUUCUAAUAUGAUACAGACUUUACCUAACUUAACUCAUGUGUUUUUAAAUCUAAGAAAUAAUAGGCUAGGUAGUUAAGGACUAUAUGAGUUAGGAAAAGGGUUUAAAGAUCAUCAGAAUAUAAGUUAUUUGGAUUUAUUUUUAAUGGAUAACCAAAUAAAAGAUCAAGGUUUUAUAAAAUUUUCAAACGAGUUGAGAAAUUUACCUAAUCUUCACACAUUAAAUUUAAUUCUAACAUCAAAUAAUCUAACUGAUAAUUGCUGUAGAACUGUAGGCGAAUCUUUAGCAACAAUAAAAAAACUUGGUAGUUUAGAAAUUGACCUUGUGCAAAACGAAGAAGUAACAUAAAAAGGAGUAGCUUUGUUACAUUCCUUUGCUGCCUAACUUGAUAGACUGCUUUAAUUUAAGAUUGAAUAUGAUAAGGAAGAUAAAGAUUAACUCAUUUAAAAAUACUAAAAAGCUAUUUAAAAUAGCUAAUUAAAAGUAAAAAUAUAAAAAGUUAUGUAUAAUACACCAAUUAUUUAACUCUUAGCCUCAAAGAAGAUUUAUGGUGAAGUUAUUCAAAAUUUGCCUCUAAUUAUUGAAGAUUUGAGAAUACCUUAAAAAUGA